AUGGAACAUCAAGAAUCAACAACUGCUACUGCAUUCAUUGAUGUAAAACAGGAUGAGCCAGCAUCUGCUUUUCCCACGAAUGCAACAGAAAAUCGACGUAUGAACAUGCAAAAUGCCCUCCUGAUUUGGUUGGACAACAGCAUUGACAGUAAUAAUGCUGAUUGUAAUAAUAUAAUCAAACAAUUGAAACGUGUUGUUAACAACGUAAACACAUUUACAGAUGGUGAACAAUAUGUUGAAUUUAUUCAAACCAUUACUAAUAACAAAGUAUGCAUGAUUGUUUCCGAUUCACUUGGACAGCAUAUUGUGCCUAAUGUACAUCAUAUGUCUCAAAUAGAUACCAUUUUUAUUUUUUGUAAUACCCAAGAAUCACAUGAGCAAUGGACCAAAGAAUGGCCUAAAAUAAAAGGAGUCUUCACAGAUAUUACAUCAAUCUGUGAAGCUCUGAAACAAGCUGCUCAGCAAUGUGAGCAAAAUGCCAUCUCAAUCAGUUUUGUAGCUUCAGAAAAGGAAUUCGAUCAAUUAGAUUCAACCUUUAUAUAUACUCAGAUCUUGAAAGAGAUCUUAUUAACCAUCAAGUUUGAAGAUGAACAUUUCAAAGAAUUUAUUGCUUAUUGUCGUGGUAUAUACGAAGAUGAUGAAAAUGAAUUGAAAAAUGUUAAUCAAUUACAAACAACAUACAAAGACAACACACCCAUAUGGUGGUAUACAAGGAAUGCAUUUUUAUAUUCGAUGCUGAAUCAAGCAUUAAGAUCAAUGGAUGUUGAUAUGAUCAUUCGAAUGGGUUUUUUUGUUAAUGAUCUACAUCAUGAUAUUAAACGACUCCAUUCGGAACAAUUUGAUGGUGAACCAUCAGGUAAAACAUUUACCGUUUAUCGUGGACAAGGUCUUUCAAAAGAAGAUUUCAGCAAUAUGACAAAAGCUAAAGGUGGACUUAUUUCAUUUAAUAACUUCUUAUCGACUGGUAAAAAUCGUGAUAUGUCUCUGACACUUGCCCAACAAGCUGCUACAAAUCCUGAUCUUGUUGGAGUUUUAUUUAUUAUGUCCAUUGAUCCUACUGUGGCAACAACUCCAUUUGUUUCUAUUAGUGGUGUUAGUUAUUUUCAUACGGAAGAUGAAGUUCUCUUCUCCAUGCAUAGCAUGUUUUCCAUUGGAGAUAUUAAACCAAUAGAUGAAAACAAUCAUCUCUAUCAAGUGAAUUUAACAUUAAACAAUGACAACGACCAUGAUCUUCUUACUCUUACAGAUCGUAUUCGGCAAGAUACCUUCCCAGGAUCGAAUGGAUGGUACAGAUUAGGUCAAUUGUUAAUUAAAAUGGGUCACUUUACUAAGGCUCAAGAAGUUUAUGAAGAGUUAGUUCGUCAAUCAAAUGAUGAAAGUGACAAGGCAUCUAUUUAUCAUCAACUAGGUGGGAUUAAAAACAAUGAAGGAGAAUAUGAAGAAGCACUUUCUUAUUAUGAAAAAGCACUUGCUAUCUAUCAAGAAACACUUCCUGCUAAUGAUAUUACUUUGGAUAAUAUCUAUAACGACAUCGGUGUGUUGUAUCAUAGCAUGGGUGAUUAUCUAAAAGGACUUUCAUUUGAUGAAAAAGUCCUUGAAAUCAAACAACAAUCACUUCCGUCCAAUCAUCCUGAUUUGGCUACGUCCUAUAACAAUAUGGGUAAUGCAUAUUCAAAAAUGGGUGAUUACCCCAAAUCACUUUCUUAUUAUGAGAAAGCUUUUGAAAUUCGACAACAAUCACUUCCUCCUAAUCAUCCUGAUUUUGGUGCUUCCUAUAGUAACCUUGGUAUGGUGUAUGAAAGCAUGGGUGACUACUCAAAAUCACUUUCUUAUUAUGAAAACGCCCUUGAAAUUCGACUACAAUCACUUCCCCCCAAUCAUCCUGAAUUGGGUGAUUCCUACAACAACCUCGGUACGGUGUGUGACAGCAUGGGUGAUUAUCCUAAAGCACUUUCUUAUUAUGAAAAAGCUCUUGCAAUCACACAACAGUCACUUCCACCCAAUCAUCCUAGUUUGGGUAGUACUUACAACAAUAUCGGUAUGGCAUAUAAGAACAUGGGUGAUUAUCCGAAAGCACUUUCGUCUCAUGAAAAAGCCCUAGAAAUUCAGCAAAAAUCACUUCCUCCCAAUCAUCCUGAGUUGGGUACUUCCUAUGACAAUAUAGGUAUGGUGUAUUAUAGCAUGGAUGAUUAUACAAAAGCACUUUCUUAUUUUGAAAAAGCUCAUGCAAUUCGACAACAAUCACUUCCUUCCAAUCAUCCUGAAGUUGGUGUUUCUUAUAAUAGCCUAGGUAUGGUAUAUGACAGCAUGGGCCACUAUCCAAAAGCACUUUCUUAUUAUGAAAAAGCCCUCGAAAUUCAACGAAAAUCACUUCCAUCCAAUCAUCCUGAUUUUGGUGCUUCCUAUAAUAACCUUGGUAUGGUGUAUGAUAGCAUGGGUGACUACCCAGAAGCACUUUCUUAUUAUGAAAAAGCUCUUACAAUUAAACAACAAUCACUUCCAUCCAAUCAUCCUAGUUUGGGCAAUACUUAUAAUAACCUCGGUAUGGUAUAUGAGAACAUGGGUAACUAUUCAAAAGCUCAUUCCUGUUAUAAAUGUGCUUUAGAAAUUGUAGAACAAUCAUUGCCAACAAAUCCUCUCAAGUUUCAGACAUUUGGAGAAAACCUUGAACGCGUAAAACAGAAAUUAUAA